AAAGCAACGAGACGCGGCGAUCGCUGAUGGAUCUCCUUGGCGACCGUUGCUACUUCCGUUAUUCACAAAAGACGCCAUUUUGGUUGUUGCUCCUGCACUUUGUUUCCACGUCUGAGUUUGCAUUUUACUCUUUAUCCCGCACGUAUCGCACGUUCAUCACGAUGUAUGCCGCUGUUGCUUUGGUUUAUCAUCAAGCCCAGGACGAUCUCCACAGGUUUAGGAACUACCAGGCCCCCGUCUACCAAAAGACUCUUCCUGUCCCUGAUCCUCAGUUCAGAUAUAUCAAUCGUGGGAGGGAUACAGACAAGUACCGGAUUCCAGAGCCACGAUGUGACAGACAAUGCCGAGCGACUGUACAGUUGACAGCCGGUAUCAUGUCUCGCGAUCUCGAGACAUUGUACAAGAUUUUUCAGUUCAAUGAUUAAUUAAUAAACUCGUUAUUGAACCUUA